AUGCCACGUGCAAGUUACUGGCAUGUCUUGCCCUUCUUCUUUGCCAUUCAUGAAAUCAACCAGAAUCCAAGACUCUUACCCAACAUCACUCUGGGCUACAACAUCUAUGAGAAUUAUUUGAAUGAAAGAAUAACCUAUGAAGCCAUGAUAGAUUUACUCUCCAUGGGUCAAAAGACGGUCCCAAACUACAGGUGUGGAAGGCAAAAAGGUUUGUUGGCUGUUCUGGAAGAGACAGAUUCUGAGCUCUUUCAAUAUGUUGCAGCUAUGUUGGGCACCUACAAGAUCCCACAGAUCAACUAUGGGGUUAUCAGUCACAUUUCUGAGCAUAAGUAUCAUUUUCCUUUCUCUUACCGGAUGGGUCCAAGACAAGAACCUCCUCACUUGGUGAUAGUCAAGCUACUCUUGCAUUUCCAAUGGACCUGGAUCUGCCUCCUUGCACCAGACAACGAAAACGGGGAAAAGUUCAGAAAGACAUUUGUGCCUGCAGCCCUCAAGCAAGGAGUUUGCGUGGCCUUCUCAGAAAGCAUCCCAGUGCUGAAUUUAGAAAGGAAAAAAGACCUGCUUUCAUACUUGAGAAAGAGUAAAGUAAACGCAAUUGUUUCUCAAUUGGACAUGAGCACUGUAACGACACUAGGGGUGAUAAUCAGAAUCAUGGACAGGAGAGAAAAGUUAGCCGUUGGGAAAGUGUGGAUUAUAACAGCCUUGUCAGAUCUAAAUGCAAGAUGGCUAUACAGGAUCGUGGAUCUCCAGCACAAGCAUGCCUUUUUGUCGUUCGUAAUCAGGACAAAGACAAGAAUGUCAUACGAUCGUGCUAUUUCUGACUUCUUUGCUUUUGAGAUGUUUGCACAGUCAGCCUUUCAGUGUUCCUAUUCAAGCUCUGUGCUGUCAAGGAAGGUUUGGGAAAGAUGCACAGAAAAAGAGAACUGGGGAAUCCUACCCCCCGACUUAGUUGCAAAAAUCUUGUCUGAGGAUGCCUACAGCAUUCGCAAUGCAGUUCAAGCUGUGUCUCGGACCCUCAGUGCUGCCUAUACCUCUCAAUUGGGCCAGGAGAGAAGGCAGGUUGGACACCAUCCAGCACCCCAGCCGUGGCAGCUUCAUCCAUUCCUGAAAAUCUUCCAGGUUUCCAAUUUUAGUGCGGAUGGAGGUUAUUUGGAAAAGGAUGGAAAUCCUGCUGCUAGCUUUGAUAUCAUCCAGUGGGCGGUGCUUCCCAACAAAUCUACAUCUGGGGUGAAAGUUGGAAGUGUAGAAAAUGAGGCCUCUUCAGAAGUCAAGAUCUCUGUUGAUCAAAAUGCCAUUAUAUGGCCAACAUCAUUUAAUAAGAAGGUUCCUUUGUCUAGAUGUACUGAAAGUUGUCACCCAGGAUACACCAAACUCACCAGAGAGGGAGCGCCAAUCUGCUGCUAUGACUGUUCUCGUUGUGUGGAAGGAACAUUUUCCAUGCAAGAAGAUGCUGCUCAUUGCAAAAGGUGUCCAGAUGAUCAGCAUUCUAAUAAGAAGCGAGACCAGUGUGAUCCCAAAGUUAUAAGUUUCUUAUCUUAUGGAGAAACCUUGGGUCUAAUCCUGGCUAUUUCUGCCUUUAUUUUGUCUCUAACCACUGGCUUUGUUCUAUACAUUUUUAUUAAGUACCGAGAAACUCCCAUAGUCAAAGCCAACAACCGGGAUCUCACUUAUAUUCUCCUGGUCUCCCUCCUCCUUUCCUUCUUGACCUCCCUCCUAUUCAUUGGUCAUCCCCAAAAAAUAACCUGCCUUCUUCGGCAAACCACUUUUAGUAUUGUUUUCUCAGUUGCCGUCUCUUCCUUGUUGGCCAAGACUAUCAUGGUGGUGGUGGCAUUUUUAGCCACAAAGCCAGGCAGCAGGAUGAGGAAAUGGCUGGGGAAGCAUCUGGCCAAUUCCAUUGUCUUGUCCUGCUCUUGUGUUCAAAUAGGAAUCUGCAUCAUAUGGCUUGGACUUUCUCCCCCAUUCCCAGAUGUUGACAUGCAUUCUCAACCGGGACAGAUCCUGUUACAAUGUAAUGAAGGCUCGGUUACAAUGUUCUACUCUGCCCUUGGCUAUAUGGGUUUUCUGGCUGUUGUCUGCUUCUUGGUGGCUUUCUUGGCCCGCAAGCUGCCAGGGACUUUCAACGAAGCUAAGCUGAUCACCUUCAGCAUGCUGGUUUUUUGCAGUGUUUGGAUCUCCUUUGUCCCCACUUACCUGAGCACCAAAGGGAAAUAUAUGGUGGCUGUGCAGAUCUUCUCCAUCCUGUCCUCAAGCCUGGGCUUACUGGGCUGUAUCUUUGUCCCCAAAUGUUACAUCAUUAUCCUGAAACCUCACAUGAACAUGAAGGAGCAUCUCAUGAUGAAAAAAAAUGAGGGCGGCUGA